AUGGACGCCCUUUAUUUUAAAAUUGACCACCUCAAGUUGUUAUGGUCAGAGUAUCGUUCUGCAAACGAUGGUGUCAGUAGAGAUUACAGCGAUCACUCGGAGUGGGCGCGUGAAAAACUGCAGGCAGUAUUAACAGAGUUUGACAAGCUUAUCCAAGAACAAAUUCUUUGGAAAUCAGCCCUUUCGGCUGAAAUAGAUGACUUACUGGUGGAGAUAGAAGAGUGCUGUCAAAUAUUUGGCCGGAGAGUGGAUACCAUUAUACCGAAAGCCGCUGCAUUGAAUGUUGAACUAAAUGAUACAACACGUGAUAAUCUAAGGUCCAUCCGAGACUCGUUACGAGAAGAAAUAAACCUUACUCAAACAAACGUUAAGAAAUGGUUGUCUGACCUUAAAACCUUUGUUAUAGAAUUGGAGGAUGACUAUAAAGUUCCAUCAGAUGAAAUUUUUGAAAAUGAUCUAAGUACUUCCGUAGUUCUACCGUUAAAAUGUAAAUACGAUGAAUUGGUUCAUGAUGUGGUAGGUCGACGUGACGCUUUUGAAGAGUCUGCAAUCAAACUACAUUAUUAUUGGGAUGCGCUUCACCAUAUUCCCCAAGAUGAAAUAGAUGAAGCAUUAUUCGAUUUAUUUAGUGAUAAACAAAAUCCAAAAGAAAUUUAUGAUGCAUUAUUACAAGCUUCUGAAAAUAAGAACAUUAAUAGUGAUGAUGAUCAACAAGAAAUUGUUGAUACACAACGUGAAUAUGUAUAUUACACCGUUCAACUUCCAAAUGGAUUAAAAUUAUCUCCAGAAUGUUUAGCUGCUCUCAAAGAAAAAUUAGUAACUCUUGGAAAAGAUUAUGAAACUCGUAAAAAUAAAAUGACUGCCAUGCAAAAAGAUAUAAAGAGCCUAUAUAAAGAAUUGAAUACUCCUUUGGAAGAAAGAAUUGAGUUGAUCGAUUCUCUUGAUGAAGAAUACUUGGAACGGUAUACUUCUCAAUUGGUUGAACUAUGGAAUAAAUGUCUUGUUCCACAAUUUGAACGGGAUGAAUUCUUUGCCAACGUACACAAACUUACUUCCGCGGAAGAUGUUUACGAAUUACUUGCUCAUGAAGUUGCACGCUUACAAGAACUUUAUGCUAAAUGUGCAAAUAUAUACAGACUAAUGUUAGAAAGACGUGCAUUGAUUGAGAAAAUGACAGAGUUUGAGAAAAAGGCGUCAGACCCACGUCGUCUAUUUCAAAGCUCUUUCCGUUUAUUGGAAGAAGAAAAAUGGCGAAAAUCAUGUUGGCCUAACUUGGUCAGGAUUGAAGAUCAAUUAAUUAAUGCGUGCAUCAAUUACGAAGAGACUGAAAGAAAACCAUUUAUGCACGAGAGUAUGCGAUACUUGACAACUUUGCAAUCUGAGAUAUCUGAACGUAUUGUCAAUCAAAUGUUCUUUGGUUUUGAAAAGGAUGCUGCCAAAGGUCAAGGUGUCGAUCAAAAUCAUGGAAAUCUUAAACGCAAGGAUAGUCAAAUCACACUUAAAACUGCGCCAAGCCGAUCCGUGUCACCAAGUGGUCUAAAUGAUAAUUCAUCGCGCAGAAACAGCAUGUUGAUACGACCUUCUCAGAGCAGGCAAGUAUCUCCUACACGAAGAAAUUCCAGAGCACCCAGUCGACCAGUAUCUCCCGUUCGAAGAAAUUCCAGAGCACAAGUAUCUCCCACUCGAAGAAACAGCAUGUUAAUACGACCUUCUCAGAGCAGGCAAGUAUCUCCCACUCGAAGAAACAGCAUGUUGAUACCUUCUCAGAGCAGACCAACAUCUCCCACUCGAAGAAAUUCCAGAGCACCUAGUCGACCAGUAUCUCCCACUCGAAGGAAUUCCAGAGCACCUAGUCGACAAGUUUCACCCGCUCGAAGAACAACUUCCAGAGCACCUAGUCGACAAGUUUCACCCGCUCGAAGAACAACUUCCAGAGCACCUAGUCGACAAGUUUCACCCGCUCGAAGAACAACUUCCAGAGCACCUAGUCGGCCAGUAUCUCCGACUCGAAGAGCAGCGCCUAAUCGACUAAAUUCCCACAGGACAAGUAAAUCUAUUGAUGAUAAAGGGUUUGCAUCUCGUAGAUCAUCGCUCAUUAUAGACAAGGUUAACUCUACAGCACAACGUAGUAAUAGCAUAUCUAGUGCGUCGAGUGAAUCUUCUACUUCUUCAAUUACUGCACCAACUACUCCUGAACCUUCUUUAACUUCUUCAUAUGUUGAUGAUGGAAAAUCACAAUCAAAUACUUCUAUUAAAAAUAAUGUUAAACCAAAAAUGAACAAUGAUAGUCAGGAUAAAAACAUUUCACAAUCAAAAGCAAGAAUUCCUCCUCUAUCUACGGCUAGAAAAGCAAAUACAGGAAUGGCUAAGGCAAGACCAAGAAGUGUAAUUGGUGGUAUUUCAGAACCCACUGCAAUGCUAAAAAAACAAGCGAGUAAAAGGAUGUCAAUGGUUGCGGACAGUGGACAUUAA